AUGCUUUUCAAACUUCAGAGCAUCGGCGUCAAUGUCAAAACAACAUACGGUACAACAGAAACUGGUCCGCCGCUUCGGACCAUACCGCACACAAGAGACAACCCAGAUGUGUACCGCUUCCGCAACUUGUACCCAGAGUCGGAAUAUGUACGCAUGGAGUCCAUUGCGGAUAACCUCUUCGAGUGUGUUGUAUACCGAGGAUUCCCUCUAGCUGCCGAGCUCUGGCUCGAGGAGACGGCACCGAAUCCAUACCGUACGGGGGACUUGUUCAUUGAGGAUCCCCCGGGGAGCGGAUAUUUCGUCCUCCAAGGUCGGCGAGAUGACAUUCUCGUGCACAGCAAUGGGGAGAAGACACAUGCCGCCGCUCUCGCCAUGGCGCUUGAAGAAGACAAGACGGGCAUUGUUGCGAAGACUGCAGUCUUUGGGACAGGAAAGCCUUGCCCCUCCGUGAUUGUUGAGAUCGACUGGUCUGAGGUGGAGAAGCGGUCCAUAUCAGAAGCUGAUCUUGCUGAGGAGGUGUGGAAAGUGGUGCAAGUCUGCAAUAAGAAUUCACCGACGUACUCACGAAUCCCUCAUCAAACUGUUCUCAUUCUACAAAAUGGGCAGAAGUUACCAGUCACUCCAAAAGGGAACGUUCGACGAACGAUUGCCUGGGAACUGUAUGGAGAUAGGGUGGAAGAACUUUACAACUCAUUCCUAGGCAACCAGCUUGACUCUGUUACGGACGCCAAUCCGGUUGCUGCUAGGAACCUCGGAACUUCGGAUCUUGAAAUCAUCCAAACCGUCGUCGCUGAUGUGUUCCGUCUCUCCGUGGAAGAGUUAACGCCAGACCAAAACUGGUACGAACUUGGCCUCGAUUCUAUGCGUGCCGUCGAGAUACGAUCGAGACUCGCGAAGCCAUUCGGGGCUUUCCCUUUAAUGUUCAUCUUCGAAUAUUCCACGACAAGGAAGCUUCUCGAGUUCCUUCAGCUGUUCAAAGGUGGUCUUGAUAGCAACGUCUCGGCGGCUAGCAACCACCAUGAGUGGAUCCGGUCGGCCAUCCACCGCAUGAACAUCGAGAUCGACAACUGGAAAGUGACUCAACAUCAGCAGGGAGGCUUUAGAAACGAGGGUGAAGUCAUAUAUCUCACGGGAGCUAGCGGUGCUCUAGGCAACGCACUGCUGGAAGUUCUGGUCCAGAUGCCGACUGUUCGAAAGAUCUACUGCGCCGUACGAGGAGCAGAUCCUCAAGCUCGCGUCUUGGGCUCCCUGAAAGAGAGAGGGUAUCCUGCGAGCAUUUACCAAACCGAGAAGAUUGUUUCCGUCAGCUACGACAUGAAGGAUGGAAAGCUAGGAUUAGAUGAGCAGAUGUAUCAACGUCUGAUGAACGAGGUAACCGUUGUGAUGCACAAUGCCUGGAAGCUAGACUUCAAUCAACCCAUUCAACAGUUCGAAGACGACUGCCUGAGAGGAACCAUGCAUCUCAUGUCUUCUUGCCUCCAGGGGCCCAAGAAAACAUUCACCUUCAUGAGCAGCGUCGCCGCAGCAAUGGGAAGUCCCGCCGGCACCAAAGUACCAGAACUUCCACUCUUCCCGGAUCCUGCAAAUGCCCUUCCCACCGGAUAUGCGCAGUCAAAGUUCAUCAUCGAGCAAAUCACGCAGCACUACGCCUCUACUCACCAGAUUCCUGUACGCAUCCUCCGAGUUGGUCAACUUUGUGGUCACUCAAGACUGGGGGCAUGGAACAAUACCGAAAUGUGGCCUACUAUGAUUAUGGCCGGGCUAGAUCAUCUUGAUGCGAUGCCGAGCUUACAGACGAACGUCGACUGGCUCCCCGUCGAUUUCUGUGCUGAAGCCAUCAGCGAUGUAGUGUUUCAUAAUACUGCUGAGGCGUCGUAUGGUGUGUGUAAUCUUAUUAACCCGAGCGCUAUCUCGUGGGAACAGCUUGUUCAUUUGCUGGAAGAGGCCUACGGACGAAAGGUCCAACGCGUUGAUAUAAAGGAAUGGGUGUCUAGGUUAGAAGCAAUUGCAGAAUCAGAGAGCUUAGGUGUGAAGGAGCUGCCAGCUUUGAAACUCCUAGGCUUCUUCCAAUCCAUGGCUGAAGGCAAUGGAAAUGGCGAGGGCGUGGAAUUUGUUGCGGGAAGCGUGGAGAAAGGUAGACGAAUUGGGGUGGACAUGGUCAAGAGGUGGCUGGAAGUAUGGCGUCGAACAGGUUACUUGAGAGAAUAG